CCGUGCCCGUCCCGAGCCGGGCGCCGGGAGGCUCCGUCUCCUCCCCGGUUACGCCGUUUCCCCAUCCGCCCGGCCCUCCUUCCUUCCUGCUCCGUUACCCCGGGGCUAGCGGCUGGGUUUAGACCCGGGUUUAACCCCGCCAUCCCGUUCCUCCGCACUUUCUGGCUCCGGUUCCAGCUUCAUCCCCAUCCCCGGGGGUCGGGCAGGACCCCGUGGGGAGCCGUGGGGUCCGCGGUGGCCGUGGGUGCUGACACCCCCUCUUCUCGCCGGAGGGAGCACAGGAUGUCCCGGCCGCCCUCCUUCACCCUCCGCAUCGCUGAGGACACCGAGAACCAUGGCCUGGAGCCCAGCCCGGACAAUGAAGGAGCCCUGCACACCUCCUUCCACCAGCUCAUCCAGGAGCAGAGCAGCUUGAUGGAGGCAGCUCUGGAGCUGGAGAUGCAGGAGAGGAGCAGAGACCACCCAGCACAUCUGGCUCCCCCGGAUGGCUGUGCCACAGCCUCGCCAGAGCCGGGGCAGGACGAGCAGCACCCCAACUUCUCCCCCGCCACCCUGCGGAUCCUCGCCAGCAUGCCCAGCCGCACCAUCGGGCGCAGCCGCGGGGCCAUCAUCUCCCAGUACUACAACCGCACAACCCGGCUGCGGCGCCGGAGCAGCCGCCCACCCCUGCAGCAGCUCUGCCGCACGGCACGGCCCAGCCUGCGCCACUACGACCUGGAGACAGACCCCACCAGGGCCACCCUGGAAGAGAAGCGGAACCUGCUGGUGAAGGAGCUGCUGAGCCUCUCGCCCGCCCAGCGCAGCCACAUGCUGCUCACCGUGCCCCUCAGCCUGGCAGAGAAACGCACCCUCCGGUGGGAGCUGAAUGAGCAGAGGGGCCCCCCAAGGCAGCACACCCAGGACCGGACCACCUCCUCUCCCUGCGGACGGUCCAAGGACUGCAUCGUCCUCGGCUGGCGGGGGCUCUGGUACAGGCUCCUCUCCCUGCUCGCCGCCGCACAGCCCUGGCACUAUGCCCUGAAGCAGAUCGGUGGCCGCUUCGGCUCCAGCGUCCUCUCCUACUUCGUGUUCCUCAAGACGCUCCUUAUGUUCAACAUCUUCUCGCUCCUCAUCCUCCUCCUCUUCGUGGUGGCCCCGCAGGCUGUGUAUCCCCCUCACUCGGCCAGCUCCCAGCCCUUCACCGGCCCCGAGCUGCUCACAGGAGCGGGCUACUUCACUCACUCGCUGCUGUACUACGGCUACUACAGCAACGUCACCCUCAACGACCCCUGCACCUCCAGCCCCAACAGCAGCGUGUGCCCCCACGCAGCCCCCCGCUUCCCAUACAACAUGCCACUGGCCUACGUGUUCAGCGUUGGGGUCUCCUUCCUCCUCACCUGCAUCCUGCUGGUGUACAGCAUGUCCCGCUCCUUCGGGGAGAGCUACCGCGUGGGCAGCUCCAAGGGGGACCUGGCCGUCAAGGUCUUCUGUGCCUGGGACUUCAAGGUGGUCCAGAGGCGCUCGGUGAAGCUGCAGUGUGAGAACAUCUGCACCCAACUGAAGGAGCUGCUGGCGGAGCAGCGCUCCCGCUCCCGCUCCCUCAGCCUCCGCCAGCGCCUGGGACGCACGGUGGUGCUGCUGCUGGCCUGGGUCCUCUCGCUGAGCUCGGUGCUGGGCUGUGUGGUGGCUCUGCACUACUUCUCAGAGCACAUGCAUGCGGUUCAGCAGGGCCACCAGGUGCUGGGCAGCGGCGAGCGGCAGCAGGAAGCCAUCCUGCUGGUCCUGCCCUUCAUGGUGUCCCUCCUCAAUGCGCUGAUGCCUCACCUCUACAACUUGCUGGCCACCUGGGAGAAGCAGGACUCCCCCGUGACAGAGGUCAACGUGGCCAUCUGCAGGAACCUCAUUCUGAAGACGGCGGUCCUUUGCCUGCUCUGCUACCAGUGGAUCAGCCGCAGUGUCGUCUGCUCGAGAGAGGAGUGCUGGGAGACAUGUGUAGGGCAGGACCUGUAUCGCUUCGUGGUGAUGGACUUCAUAUUUACCCUGCUGGACACACUUUUCGGGGAGCUGGUGUGGAGGCUGAUCUUGGAGAAGAAGCUGAAGAGGAAUCAGAAGCCCGAAUUCGACAUCGCCCGAAACGUGCUGGAGCUGAUCUAUGGGCAGACCCUGACCUGGCUGGGCGUUCUCUUCGCUCCGCUCCUGCCGGCCAUUCAGACGCUGAAGCUGGUGCUGCUUUUCUAUGUCAAAAAGACCAGCCUGAUGCAGAACUGCCAGUCCCCCAGCAAGCCCUGGCAAGCGUCUCGCAUGAACACCUUCUUCAUCACCCUGCUGUGGUUCCCGUUCUUCCUGGGAGCAGCCAUCUUCCUCUCCUACACCGUCUUGUCGGUGCGGCCGUCAGAAACCUGCGGUCCCUUCCAGGGGCUGGAAACCAUGUACCAGUCAGGGAAGACCUGGGUGCAAUUGCUGGAGAAGUCCAACCCGAACAUCACCUGGUUCGCCUGGGUCCACCAGUACCUGGUGGAGAACACCUUCCUCCUGUUCUUCAUGUCCGGGGUCCUGCUAGCCGUCAUCUACUUCAACAUCCAGGUGGUGAGAGGCCAGCGGAGGAUCAUCCGCCUGCUGAAGGAGCAGAUUGCCAAUGAGGGGGAAGACAAAAUAUUUCUCAUUCAGAAGCUUCACUCCGUUUAUGAGCAGAGGGAGAGACGCGCCUGAGUCCCAGUGUCACCAUCCCCAGGAAGAAGUGGGACAGGAUAAGAGUCUGCUCACAGCUGAGGACUGGAUCAGCCCCUUUUUAAGCCGUGGCGGCACUGGAGGCAGCAGGGCCAGGGGGUCCCCUCUCUUCUGGAAUACAGCAGCCAAGGACACAUUGAGACACAUCAUCUGGCAGCCCCAUGUGAACUCUGUGGCACAAGGACAUUGGUUCUCCCACUGCCCCGAGCUGCUGGGGACACAGAGGAGCAGCACGACCAGGGCCAGGACUGCCAUGGUGUCCCAGGGCACAGGUCGGUGUGGGGCUGGCUCACCAGCAGAGCUCUUCUCCAGAGGCAUUAGCAGAGAACAACCCUCCCUCCUGCCAAAGUCCCAGCCAGCGCUGAGAGCCACUCUGGGCUGCUGUCAGAAGCCUUUGGGGACAGUGAAGAUUCCUGGCUGGAGAGAACCUGCCAAAAAGCCCCCUUUGCACUGCCCAGGGGCAGCUGCUGGGCACUCGACGCAGCUCCAGCCCCAUGUGUGGCUCACCUGGAGCACAGCAACUGGCCAACACUCCCAUGACUGAGGCCACCCGGGCACCCCCAGGCCAGGCAGCCCCACGGCACGCUGUGUCUGUUGGCAGAUGGGCACAGGGAAACCACCACUGAGGUGCUGAGGGUUGGGCAGAGGAAGCCCAGGCUGUGGCUCCCCAGCUGCAGGAUGACCUGGCCCAUUAAAGCAUAGCUGUGCUGGA